AGUGUUUGCUCAUACGACUUGAAUGCUAUCUAUCUGUCCUAUUAGCGAGCCUUAUAUUUUUACACAAGAAUGGUGUGAAUAUCUAACUUACAUUUAUAUAUAUUUUUAGCUAUACAUAAAAUUUGAUUUCUUGCAUUGGAUUUUGGGCUUGAGUUUUUUACAAAUAGAUUGAUUUUCAUUCUCAAUAAAAUAAAAAAAAUGUCGCAUACAUCCAAAAUGUAUACGAGGAAGAAAUGGUGUCAAAUUGUUAGCUUAACAUAAUAACGUCAAUUUUUGUAAGACUCAUCAAUACAGAGUUGUUUUUUUUUUCCUAGAUACUUUGUUUAGGAACUAAUUGAUGAAUUUCAUCAUAUGAUAGCAAAAGAAAUAACUAUUAAAAGGUCAGGACUUUUUUUUAUGAAAGAACUAAUGAAUGUUACAUACAUAUAGUGAUGAGCAUUUGAGAUUCGAUACCGGUACCGAAUUUCUCGUACUGAAUUAUUUUCUGUACCAAUUCGGUACCCAUUUUUUGGUGUUCUUGGUAUCGGUGCUUUUGGUUCGAUACAUGUUUGGUACGGUACCAGUAUAUUACCGAGCUAUAUGUCACAACAGCGUGACAUAACCGAUAGGAUAAGAGGCAUUCUCAUCGAUUGGCUAAUUGAGGUUCAUUACAAGUUUGAACUUAUGGAAGAGACUCUAUAUCUAACUGUCAAUCUUGUUGACCGGUUCCUGCCGCGCCGACCCGUUGUAAGGAAGAAUCUUCAACACGUUGGAAUAACUGCAAUGCUUCUCGCUUGUAAAUAUGAAGAAGUCACGGUGCCGAUUGUCAAUGAUUUUAUUGUAAUUUCUGAUGAAGCUUACACGAGAUCUGAAGUUCUUGAUAUGGUAACUAAUGAACAUAAUUUUAUUUAUCUACCUUAUUAA